GUUACAUUGCUUUGAUUUUUAUGCUAAAUUAAAAAAAAUGUAAUCACAGAAAUCUACAGUUGGCACUUCAGUUGUCAAGUUAGCCACUAGAUGCUGCUGUUUCCUUAUUUAUGUGAUAGUGCUGCAGUUGAGCUGUAAGAGCUGAAGUUUAUGGUGCUCGUGCUGCCUUUGCAAAGCAAAUUUGAGUUUUAUGCAAAUUUGUUGUUAUUUUCCACUUAUCCUUGUUGGCAUCUAGCUGUGCUGAUUCACUGUAGCUCAGGUUUUACCUUUGAGGGUUUGAGAUACCAUCUUGAACUUUCUGCUGUCACCUCAGUACAAAGGAGGUGAAUUGAAUUUCAUCUGUGGCACCAGUUUGUAAAACACAAGAGCAACAUGCCUCACCAGAAAGACUGCCGUUUCAGAGGUGACUGUAUAUCACUGUGAUGAGGAUACAUACCAACAACUUUCUCUACUUCUGUUGAUUAAAUUUCCCUUUAAACAAAUUACCCCCAUAGUUUCAGUGUAUCCACUUGGAAGUAAAACAACAUGCACACUGAAGUGAUGAGAGACCUAGUUAGAUCCUUAGUGUAUACUUUUACUUUUUGUACUUCUUGCAUGGUUUCUUUAUAUGAAAAUUUCAUUCAGGACAGAUUAUCUAUAUUUGACCUUGAGAAUUUUUCAUUUUCAUGUUUUUGGUAAAUUGGACUUCCACACACUACAGUACCUGCUGAGUCUGAUUCCUCUUAUGUGCAAAUGUGUUUUUCUACAAUCCAGGAUGAUCCAUCCCUCUUAUGUACUUUACAUUCAGUAUGUUAAAAAAAUAUGCAAAGAUUGAGCUGAUGUCACCCAGCAGGACAUCACGCUCUUCACUACUGGACUUCUCUUACUGGAUGACUCUUUCAUUCCUUCCUUUUCCUGCCAGUUAGCAUUGUCAAACAUUUAGUUAAAAAUUAAUAGGGUCUGAAAGUCCUCAGGCCAUCAGUUUUUUUACUUGUCCAUUUGUUUAGACGUUACUGAUUAAACACAGCAUACGCUUCUCUUUAGGAGGAUGGACAAAAGCAAAUGUGUAAUGUAAAAGCAAAGUCUAUUAUACCUUUUUUCCUCAGCUUUAGAUCUAUGUUAUACUACUUAACCCAGCUCUUGGUAUGUCAAACAAACAGUGAGCACUUGUCACCUGUUCACCUCUUCUCCUCUCAGUCACGCUGUGGACGUGAUAGGAGUGGCAGUUUUGGUUACUGGAAAGCAUGACUCACGUUAUUAACCCGUUUAUCCACUUUUUAAGAACUUGUCAGCUGAUUAAAUUAACACUUUUAUUUCUGCAUAUUUUUAGGUGUGCAUGUGUAACUUCCAAAUUUAGCAGAUUUUAUGAUAGCAAUCACAUUCUAGGCUAGUUUAGCCAGUGAAUGUCUGCAAUUUGAAGAGGAAGUUAAAAUGCUGAUAUGAUCAGAUGUUUGCUGCUCAACCAUAUGACCAACAAAUAUUUUUAUAUCUGUUUUGUAAAAUCGUUGUGAGAGUGGAGCUGGAUAUAUAUGCUUGCCUGGGAAAUGUCAUUAGUGUUUAAAGUUAUACUGUAAACCCAUACAAUAAGAUGCACAGGACCAUGAUGCCUUUGUAUCACAUUGCUGAGAUUUAUGCUUGAUUAAGAUACAAAUGAGUGGAGAGUCACCGCUGGAUGAACACGGUCCUCUGCUCAUUGUUUUCAGUUCAUGCACCUUAUCUCAUAGCCUGGCUGUUGACAGAAGAUAAUGUGUAUCGCUGCUGGCUUGCAUCAAUACCUGCUGUUUGCUCAUGUCAUUUGAAGUGCUGUAUAAAUCAAGCGCCACACAACAGGCUGGCGUGCGCACACAGUGGAAAAGGUGUGGUCAUGGCUGUUGAUUAUAUGGAAGAAUGGACUGAACAUGAGACAGAGAGGGAAACAGGGAGUGGAGGGACAGACAGAAUCAGAGCGCUGAAGGAAUUUGUGGGAAAUCUAGCUGAAAACUUAAAGUGAGUCAGCCUGCGAAGGUAAAAAGCGUUGUUGUAUUGUCUUUUGAAAAGAAACAGUUCUCAAAUCAGCUUGUAGCUUGAAAAAAAAAGCAAAUUCUCAGUGUAUUUUAGAUAUGUAUUCAUAUAUUUUGGUAAUAUAUGUGUUUCUUGUUCCUUAACAUUUUAAUGACCAAUAUUCCUCAAACAAAAGUUAUGUUCUACGAACAAAUUGUACUUUUCUUAUGAUUACUGCUUCAUUCAGUUUUCAUUUAUAAAAAUGUAUAACCUUUUCCACAGAUUCCUACUCUCUAAGCUGUGUAACCAACAUGACUAAUAAUAAGGUAAGUUCAGCUUCACACUAUAAAAGCAACAUUUUUAAAUAUCUCCAAUAUUUUUCUCUUAUUGAACAGUUUACUCUUGAUCUGAUCCCCACAUAUUUUUCCAUCUGUUCACGUGAAAUUUAUGAUGAUUCUUUUGAAAACAGCCACCUGAUGACAUUCCAGAUCACACAUUUACCUCAGUCACUUUCAGUGUUAGCAACAGCAAAUAAUCAUUGUGCUUCUCUUUUCCUGCAGGCACAUGGUCCUACUUAUGACAACAUAGGGUUUCAGCGUGAGGAAGGACCCCCUGCAUAUACCGCGCAACAGGGGGUAUACCCUUCUCUCCCACAAAAUACCCCCGUCUAUGUUGCCUUUACCCCCCGAACCAUCAACACCCACCACACUGUGACACCUGGAAUACCACAUAAGAUAGGACAAAAGACAGGAGUAAAGAGAUGCCAGUGGAAAUAUAUACUGUGUGUAUCUCUGUGUGCCGUUCUUGUCCUGGCGGUGGUCGGCCUCUUGCUCUGGUACUUCUUGUACUACCAGUGUUUACUGGGGAAGUCGUGCAGAAGUGGUGGAGCGUGUCUGAGCGCCUCUCAGUGGUGUGAUGGAGUCCAGGACUGUUCACAUGGAGAGGAUGAAGCUCAGUGCUUUCGCCUCCACGGGACCAACUUCGUGCUAGAGAGUUACUCAUCAGACAGCCAGUCGUGGAUGCCCGUGUGUGCCGAGAACUGGGACAACAGCUAUGGGAUUGCUGUGUGUGAGCAGAUGGGCUACAAUAGGCAGGAUUAUAUGUCCUUCUCUCGAGCCAAUGCAGGUUCUUUGGCCGCAAGGGGAUACAUGAAGAUGAAGCCUGGAUAUUACCAUGGAUCAGUUAUACAGUCCCAGCUAAUUCACAGCCAAAGCUGCUCAGCAGCUGUUGCUCUUCGUUGUACUGACUGUGGACAGAGUUCAGCAGCCCCCAGUACUCGUAUCGUAGGUGGUACAGAGGCGGUAAACGGGGCCUGGCCGUGGCAGGUCAGUCUCCAGAUUAAUGAUCAUCACUUGUGCGGAGGCUCCAUUAUCAGCAGUAACUGGAUCGUAUCUGCUGCACACUGCUUCCAAGAUUACCCCAAUCCUGGAAUGUGGAGAGUACGCUCUGGGGGUGUGAGCUUGAUUCAAAUGAGCUCAGGAAAUGGCAAAGCAGUUCAAAAAAUCAUCAGUCAUGAAAAAUAUGACACAAACACACAUGACAAUGACAUUGCUCUUCUAAAGCUCUAUACACCUCUGAGAUUUACAAGAACAGUGAGGCCAGUGUGUCUCCCCAACUUUGGCGUGGACCUGCUUGCAGGACAUCAAGCCUGGAUUACAGGAUGGGGAGCCUUGCGGUCAUCUGGACCGACCCCCUACAUACUAAAUCAGGCUGAGGUGACCGUUUACAGCAGGGAGACAUGCAACAGACGUGAGAUCUUAAGUGGGGCAAUCACUGAGACCAUGAUCUGUGCUGGCAAACUGCAGGGAGGAGUAGACUCAUGUCAAGGUGACAGUGGGGGGCCCCUGGUGUUCAAGGAGGGAAACGUGUGGUGGCUGGCAGGGGACACUAGCUGGGGGAUUGGAUGUGCUUGGAGGAAUAAGCCAGGAGUCUACGGCAAUGUAACCUACUUUACUGACUGGAUACAUGAGCAAAUGAAGAAUGAGUGACGGAGUUGUCAGUGAAAAUGAAGACAAACCUCUUCAAUUAAUCAGUGUUCCCCAUCACACGCUUUGCUCUCGGAAGUUGAAUAAGGGAACUUAUUAAUCGGAAAGAUUUUCCAAAAAAACAAUCACAGAUUUUACAAAUAAAACCAAAUGUAUCAUUUCAUUAUUUUUAUAUGCUUGU